AUGGCUGUUGGACUGGCCCGCAAGGGCUACGCCAUCCAGAAGGGCGACUGGAUCGUCGUCCACGCCGUUGCCGGAAUCCCAAAACUCACCAACGGCGAGGGAGUCCACGCCGUCUUUGAUAGUAUCGGCCAGGCUAACUUCGAGUCGAGCUUGAACAUUGUCCAUCCGUUGGGAACAUUAGUAUUUAAUAGCGCAAGUGGCGAGAUCCCCCCCCCUCCCCCACCCCUGAAUCUCGUGUGUCUUGCCGGCAAGAAUGUCAAGUUGACGUGGGAUACAGUGGAGUAUUUACAGAAGGGUCAGUUGGAGGUUGCGGUCCAUAAGGUGUGCCCUGUUGAAGAUGUUCAGCAGGCUCAUUUGGACCUUGAGGGUCGCAAGACUACCAGCAAGCUACUCCUCAAGAUCCAAUAA